CUGCUCCUUCGAGUUGUAAAGUUGUUGAUCAAUCCCCAGGCGGCUCCCGUCGAGUGUGGAUGACGUAAUUAAAGCGUGCCUUUGAACGGAGGAUGUUGAGAUUCCUCUCCAGAACAUUUGAAUCCGUUCAAACUCAAACAAAACUCGGUUCUGCUGCUGUUCGCCAGAGUUUCCUCUUUUCAGACUCGGUCAGUUCUGGGUUCGUCGGGUGGGCCGCGAUGGAGCCCAAACUGUACCGACCCCCUCCCGAGGUCCGGGGCAUGACCUCUCUGGACAAAGACGCCUUCACACAGACCAUCACAGUUCCAGCUCUGCAGGUACCAACCAGGGUCCUAAAUAAAGUCGUGAAGAGCCUGAAGAAGUCCACUCUCCAGUGCCCAGGUGUGCAUCGGGUGGUUCCAGGCAGCGAGGAGGGCAGCAGUUUCCGGUUGGUCCUUCUGGACCCCCAGAGGGUGUCGUCGGCCAGUUCGUUCAGUGAGGCUGAAGCGGAGGCACUCAGGUCGUUCGGCGUCUCUGAUGAGCUGCGACAAUACGACCUGAAGCUGACCUACGACAACCUGAAGACGGAGGAGGUGCUGGAGGCGGUGCUGCCUCAGGGACAGGAUGUGACCUCAGCGUUCAGCCGAGUGGGACACAUCGCCCACAUGAACCUGAGAGACCACCAGCUGCCGUACAAGAACCUCAUCGGUCAAGUCAUUAUGGACAAAAACCCAGGAGUCACAUGUGUGGUCAACAAGACGAACAUAAUCGACUCAACAUACCGCAACUUCAAGAUGGAGGUUCUGGCUGGAGAGGAAAACAUGGUCGCCAAAGUGAAGGAAAACGGCGUGACUUAUGAGUUUGACUUUUCUCGCGUCUACUGGAACCCCCGGCUGAGCACAGAGCACCAAAGAGUGGUGCAGCUGGUUAAACGUGGCGACGCCGUGUUCGACGUCUUCGCCGGGGUCGGACCCUUCGCCAUCCCGGCCGCCCGCCUCGGCGCCAAAGUUCUGGCCAACGAUCUCAACCCGGAGUCGUACAGAUGGCUGCAACACAACUGCAAACUAAACAAGGUGGAGAGCAAAGUCCAAACCUUCAAUCUGGACGGCAGAGAUUUCAUCCGCGGGCCUCUGAGGCGGGAGCUGCCCGCUCUGCUGAAGGGGGAAUCUGCCGUCCAUGUGGUCAUGAACCUGCCUGCGCUGGCGCUGGAGUUUCUGGACGCUUUCCGGGGCCUCCUGCAGCCAGAGCCGACCUGCGACCAGAACCUUCCCACAGUGCAUUGCUACGGUUUCUCUAAGCAUGACGAUCCGGAGGUGGACGUGGUGCAGAGGGCGUCCCGCAGCCUCGGGUUCCCUCUGGAGAACGAGUGCUCCGUGCAUUUUGUGCGUAACGUGGCACCAAACAAGGACAUGAUGUGUGUGAGGUUCACUGUUCCUAGAGACGUUCUUUACUGCAGCAGCGAAACCAAAACAGAAUCAUCUGAGGAACCGGCCCCAAAGAAACCAAAGUGUGAAGACGCUCCAGAUUUAACAUGAUUCCACAUCUGAUUGGCUUUUUUUUUAGGACUUUAAGUUUAAUUUUUCAAACAAUAUUUUAGUUUUAUGCCCUUAAAUUGAUUUUUUUUCUUCUUAUGAGACUGUACAUGAUUACAUUUGAGUUUUAAAUAAACCCACAAAAUGGAAAAAUAAA